ACAUGAUAGACCUGCCCAAGGCCGUGUCAUAUCUCUGCUUCUGUCUCUUCACUAUCAUCACAUGCCUCUCCCUUCUAGCUCUUUCAACCGGUCCGCCUCGCGCUCAGUCCGCACCUCUCGACGACGACGAGGCAGAAUGGCUUUCUUAUCGUCACGUCUCGCCGCCGUCUCAUUUCUCCGAGAGUAUCAUUUCUCAAGAUCUUGAACUGAGCUCUGCAUCACCAAACGCUCCAGGCAAUCCUCAGGCUCAAAUUGCAGAUCAAAACCCGAUCGCACAUAAAUCUCACUCUGAACUGACUCACUCCGAUUCCCCAGUAUCUGAAGCCUCAUGUGCCACCAUCGAAGAGUUCAGACACUUCCUCCUCAAGCUCAAGACUGAACCGCACUUCAUCCUUGGGCGUUAUGUCCAUCCUCACGUUUCCGUUUGGGAGCCAAGAUACCUUCAAGCGUUCAAAUUGGCUCAAGAAGAAGGGACCUUCAGAUUGUCCAGAGACCAAGUCAAGACUGAUUUGGAGAGAGGUAUAUUGACUAGGACCAAGAAUCAAGAAACGAUCCCGCUGGACAAAUGGCGGGGCAUUGACUGGAUAUGAUAGGUAGCGGAUUUCGAUAUAUUGCAUCAGCUACUGGAAGGAGUGACAGUCAGAUAAGAUUGAAUGGUCCUGAAACAAGUAUGCA